AUGGACCAGAUAUCCAGUUUACCAGAAACCAUACUUCAUGACAUUCUCUCAAGACUGCCAAAGAAAGAUGCUAUCAAGACUAGUGUUUUGUCUAAGACAUGGAGAGAAAUGUUUUAUACCUUUCCCAUUUUGUCUAUUUGUGACCGAGAAUCUAUUAGGAGGUCUUCCAAGUGGAAGAAAGAUCAACAAAUUAAGACAUUCCUUGAUUAUGGCAAGCAAAGAUUGCUGAGGUUCAGUGACCAAGGCUUAGCAAUCAAAGAAUUCAAGCUCACGCUUAGUUUAACCUGCUUUGACCUUCAGCUUAUAUACCCUGAUGUUGAUCAGUGGCUUAAGUUAGCCAGUGAAUGUAGUGUCCAGACCCUAAAGCUAUGCCUGCCUACUUUAAAAAAGGAUGAUCCAUGCCUAUGUUAUAUCUUGCAUCCAGGUGUCAUUGAAGCAAGAUCACUUAAUAAGUUAGUGCUGAAGGGGAGAAUCAGAUUUGACAAAGAAUUCCUGAGUCCUUCAGUCAAGUUUUCCUCACUGUGUGUAUUAUCCUUGAGCCAUGUCCUUUUUGAUGAAGAAGGUGCUAUCGAGCAUGUUAUUUCUCAUUGUCCUUUAAUUGAGCAGAUAACCUUGAAGUGGUGUUAUGUAUACAACCCCCAAGUUGCCGGAGAUAUGCAAAUUUCUCUUAUGAAAUCAGUAAGCCUGCAUGGUCUACAAAAGCUCAAGGGAGUUGAUAUUCAGGGAGUACAAAAUGUUUAUAUUGAUGCUCCAAAUAUUGAGAAAAUAUAUUAUGAUGUUGACAGUGAUGAGCCCUCCAAGAUGAAUUUUGAUAGUUGUAGAAAUUUGAGAGCUUUGACCUUAAUGAAUGUGAAGAAUGAAUUUAGUUUUACUUUUACAGCCACAUGGUUUCUUCAUCUGUCUUCCAAAUUUCCUUUCCUUGAGAGUUUGGAAUUGGUUGACUGCUCCAUGUUUCAGAACAUUAAGAUCUCAAGUUCUCAACUCAAGGCUUUGGUGUUAUGUAAUUGCUCUACCAUGGAGAAGCUUGAAAUUGACACUCCAAAUCUAUUAUCAUUUCGAUACUAUUAUGAUGGUGACGACUUACCUUCCAUAUCUUUUCUAAGCUGUUCUAGUCAACUGGAAGAAAAUGUUCGGCUCAAUAUGAUUCAUCCACGUCUUUACCAGUUGAAGAAAUUUGUCAAACAAUUUAAAAACCCACAAAAGUUCUCAUCACUCUCCCUCUCCAUCCAUCCCUGCUUCCCUUCUGAUGAGAGUUUUUAUGAUGAUGAAUAUUAUUUUUGGGAAGACCCAUAUUCAUUGCCACCUACAUUGUCUGUGCCAAGCAUCAAACACUUGGAUGUCAAGGUCACAAGCUCUGUCAAGAAUGAUGUGAAUGUUGUUGAUUUCGUUCGUCUCUAA